GAACCCACACGUCGUGAUCCGUGCCGUCAGAGCUGGUCAGAGCCUUCUAAACCAUUCGUGGAAUUCGUCGUAAUGCUUGAUAUGGGCCGCCAAAAAGGAAAAGGGGAAGUUUAAGUAGUACGGAAUAAUUCUGUAAACAGUAAUGCAUUUUUCGUUUCAAACAGCUAUUAUUGUAUUUACGAAACUUAAACACUACAGAUUAUUACAGUCAAUUAUUUUAUCAUGUGCGAUAUGUUGAAAGAAUUAAGACAACGCUCACAGAAGAGAAAAAAGCUCCUGGCUCAAACUUUUGGGGUCUCAAAUGUAGAUGAACUACGGCAAGCUCUUGGUACAUCAGUAGAAGCUCCAGCAAAGAAGGUUUUCCAAGAAAGCACACCACAAGAAGAGAGGGUUCAAGAAAAAAUUGUGACAGAAGAUGCCAGCACUGAUGAGUUAGUGUAUACAGAUUCCUCAACUUUCCUAAAAGGUACACAGUCAUCAAAUCCUCAUAAUGAUUACUGUCAGCACUUUGUGGAUACAGGACAGCGUCCACAGAAUUUUAUUCGUGAUGUAGGGCUGGCAGAUAGGUUUGAGGAGUAUCCAAAGUUGCGAGAACUUAUUAAACUGAAGGAUGACUUAAUAGCACACACAGCAACACCACCAAUGUAUCUUAAAACAGAACUUCAGACUUUUGACAUGAAGGAACUGAACAGCAAAUUUGACGUAAUUCUAGUUGAGCCACCACUGGAGGAAUAUCAGCGAACAAUGGGUGUAACGAACAUGCAGUUCUGGGGUUGGGAUCAGAUAAUGCAGUUGGACAUUGGAGAGGUAGCAGCAACUCGAAGUUUUGUGUUCCUAUGGUGUGGUUCAUCUGAAGGCUUAGACAUGGGCCGCUUUUGCCUCAGAAAAUGGGGAUUCCGGCGCUGUGAAGACAUAUGUUGGAUACGAACGAAUAUCGAUAAUCCUGGACAUUCCAAAAACCUUGAACCCAAAGCUGUCUUCCAAAGAACCAAGGAACACUGUCUUAUGGGUAUUAAAGGCACAGUACGUCGGUCCACUGAUGGGGAUUUUAUCCAUGCUAAUGUUGAUAUUGACCUGAUUAUAUCUGAGGAGCCUGAAUAUGGAUCUUUGGAAAAACCAGUUGAGAUCUUCCACAUCAUAGAACAUUUCUGCUUGGGUCGUAGGAGAUUACAUGUAUUUGGCCGAGACAGUACUAUUCGGCCAGGUUGGCUGACAGUAGGUCCUGAACUUACCAACAGCAAUUUCAAUGCAGAACUUUAUGCCAGUUAUUUUUCAAAUGGACAAGCAACUACAGGAUGCACUGAGAGGAUAGAAGCUCUGAGACCAAAGUCACCCCCACCAAAAGGAAAGGGAGCACCAGGUGGACGAGGAAGGGGAGGGCCAUCCCGAGGAGGCUUCUCACGUGGUCGUGGAAGAGGAAGAUAAGGUUAUAACAUCUCAAAAUGGACCACAUAGAAAACACUGUUUCCAGCAGUUCUUCUAUUGCUAUGCGUGGACUUGUUGCCAUGGGAACUCACGUGUUACGCCAUCUCUACCUAGUAACGGGUCUUCAUGCUACAUUAUGAUUGGAAUCUAAGUACACAAAGCAGAUCCCCCAGUAGUUAAUGUAAUCAAUCGCUCCUGUUAAUGAAAUUUAAUUAUGAACUCAUGCAACUGGAAUGUGCCCAGUUAGAGACUUCUUAGGCCAAGAAUGCUGGUUUCCAGUUAUUUCUCAUUGAAAAAACAAGACUCAGAGAAGGAAAUAUGGCUCCAGAGACAGUGGUGUAAGGUAAAUGGGUUGUAUGUGAAUGCAGAAAAGUGUGAGUUUUUGAGAAAUAAAUAGUAUCAUAUCAAAUAUGUAAAAUGUAUACCUUAACUUCUGGAACAUCACAUACAUGAACAUAGUUCGAGUAACAGAAAUGGGGGUGUAGAUGGUAACAAAUUGUGUGUAUAUUGAACUUUACUGAGACAUUUUCAGUUGUUUGCAAGACGUGACUAAGUCAUGUGAUCAUAUUAAAAAUGUGGAAUUAUUAAUGUAGUUGAGGACCAUCAUCUGUAUGAAAAUUGAAUGUGGCAUUAAAAAAUAUGGAACAUGUUUAAUAGUAUUAAUUGAAUCAUGAGUGCUAUGACAUUUCAUUUUCUGAGGGGCAGUUAUUUCUUCAUUGAAAAAGUUGGCAGUGUAGAUGAAAACACUAGCACUUCUCUCAGUGUUUUUAUGAGAUCUUUUCUAGUAAGUUAUUUUAAUUUACAUGAUCGGAAUUUACUUUAUGUGAUGAAGAAGGGUGCUGUGGCGCUUACUAGGACAUAUGCCUACAAAGACAGGUUAGGGAUGACAUUGUGUGUUUUGGCCAGAGUAUGACCUUUCUUGGUUAACUUACAGCUUACACUUUACCUUAGUAACUACAGGGGGGAAUUCUUACAGUGUUGAACACAUUGGUGAAGGGUAUUUGUUUUCAGUGUGUUAUCAAAUUAUAAAUAGAUUUUUUGAAUGUAUUAAUCAUUUGGGGCUGUCAUAUUUUUUUUUUGCCCAGAAAUAUAUAUCUUUAUUUUCUGUACAGUGACAUGAAGUGACUCAACAUGUUAUGUUUGCAAUUAACAUCAACAUUUGUUUUACAUUUCUUUAAUAGUGAUGGAUUUCUGUCUGGUGAAUGUUAGAAAUGUAAUGUGCAGUGUGUUAGUAUGGCAAUGCUAGUGAAUCAUUCCAGAUGGUUUUUCUUUUCAUAAUGUAUUUCACAUAUGUCAUUAAGCAAUACAAUGUAAUGCACAAUACCAGCACUUUUGAUAUCUGGAGGUUACAUUAUCCAUAUCAUUAUCACUGUACAGUGAAAUGUACAGAUGCUAUUAAUCCUUCCAACUCUUCCUAGCACUUCUCUGGCCUCCUUUCCUGCAGGGUCUGUAGUCCAUAAUAUGUCUGGGUAUAUCUUAUAGAGGCAUUUUUUAUAUAUGUUUCUGUUGAACCUAUGAAAAUAAAAGCCUUUUGGCUUUAUUGUUUCCCCUGCAUAGAUUCUGAAAUUCUGUCUAGAACUAGGGUUAGGGGGUUCUUAUGCUGGUACACAACAUGCCAGUUCUGUUGUAUGUAAUAAGUGUUUGAAUUAAAUUCGGCCCGUUCUGGCCCUCCACGCCCACAACAUGCCCCAUAUCCCCUUCACCAUAUAAGAGAACCCUCAACACACUUGUCAGUCAUUUACCGCACCCAAACAGGUUACAUUGGAGAACGUGCUACAGACCGGUAAUCACUCUAAUCACUCAGUGCAAUAGGGCAUGCUUAAACAUUGAAUUGGAAUCCAAGAUUUUGAUCUCUACACAUCAAAAGUACACUAUAAUAUAUUCCAUUUCAGAAAAAGAAAACUGUUCGCAAAAAAGUAACCAUGGCACAAUACACCCCCAGUACACUGAAUAUCCAUAUUCACAUUAACACACAUAUGUGCACCUAAUCAACACCAGUACCAGUAUCACAUAUGAUAACAUCAUAAACUUUUUUUAUUAAGGAAAUCAGUCAAUCUAAACGCACUGACUUACAAAUGACCAUACCAUACAAACCAAAUCGCAGUACUAUGUAACUGUCUGAUAAUACAUAUUGUGGCAUGUAGACCCAAUGAUGGGCAGCAACCAUGAAAUAUGCAGCUACACAACAGCUGUUGCUAGGUAAUGGAUCUGUAGAUAGUGGCCAUUGCCAGGGAAUGGCCUCAACAGAUUCAUCAUAACAGGCAGUAAUGGGAUAACUGGAAGGCAGUGUUCUCUACACAGGCUCUGUGAUAACUGUGAUGCAACAAUAGGAGAACUGUUGGGAGAGAUGUUUUCUGUGCAGUCCGUGCUGAAGCUAUAUAAUGAGGGGCAGAUGCAGUUAUGAGAGAUUCAGUAGUCUUGAAAUGGCAGGGAGAAAUCUAGGAGGUUGGUGUGAGAUAGCUACCAGCCUUGAAGUUAGUUGGAACAAUGAGUUGGUUGUGAGACAGUCGCUGGCCAGUAAGAACCUGAACACAGAAGCUGAGGAAGCUGUGGCAUUGAUGCCAUUAUCAGGCGACAACCAGUGAAGUUACUGCAGACUGAGAAGACUUUGUACAUGCUCUAGUGAACUGAAGAGUAUGUGAAUUAGCGUUAGCAAAGUAGUUACUUGUAGUUAUGAUCUGUAAGUGUUCAAUAAAUCCAAUUACCAAUCCAGACCACAUCUAUAGUCAAUCCAAUGUGACGAUAUUAGCAUUUACCGCAGUGCCUACAUCUAAGUAAAAAACCAACAGAAAUUUAAGAUCAGCAAUUAUUUUGUGACAUUCCUUUUAUACAGGGCAAACUAUAAAAAUUCAUUCGUGUUUAAAACGCCAUAUUUUCCAAAGCAUUACACGUACAAAUGUGGUUGAUAUAUAAAAAGAACUGUAAACUCACCAAAUUU